CCGGCACACAGAGCUUGCCGCGAGUCCCUGGCGUCCCCUCCGGCUCGCUCGAAGAGCCACUUGCCCGAGCGGAAGUCAGCCUGAGACUCGGGCUCCGGCGGGACCUGCUGGGAGGAAUGGCGCCGCCGGGUUUAAGCGCUGUCAUGCUGUUGGCCUUGACAAUCCUAGCUGGUGGCCAGGCUCUGACGCCCACACACUACCUCAGCCAGCAUGAUGUGGAGAGACUAAAAGCAUCACUGGACCGCCCUUUCACAGAUCUGCAGUCUGCCUUCUACUCCAUAGUGGGACUAAGCAACCUUGGUGCCCAGGUGCCAGAUGCCAAGAAAGCCUGCACCUUCAUCAAAUCUAAACUUGACCCCAGCAACGUGGAGUCCCUCUUCUAUGCUGCCCAGGCCAGCCAGGCCCUUUCAGGGUGUGAGAUCUCAGUUUCCAACGAGACCAAGGAACUGCUCCUGGCGACCGUCAGUGAAGACUCCUCUGUUGCCCAAAUCUACCACGCCGUCGCAGCCCUCAGUGGCCUUGGCCUUCCCUUGGCAUCCCAGGAAGCACUCACUGCCCUUACCACUCGGCUUGGCAAGGAGGAGACCGUCCUGGCAACAAUACAGGCUCUACUGACAGCGGCCCACCUGUCCCAGCAGGCUGACCUGAGGACCAUUGUGGAGGAGAUUGAGGACCUUGUUGCUCGCCUGGAUGAACUGGGGGGUGUGUAUCUCCAGUUUGAAGAAGGCCUAGAAACAACAGCGUUAUUUGUGGCUGCCACCUACAAGCUCAUGGACCACGUGGGAACUGAGCCGUCCAUCAAGGAGGACCAGGUCAUCCAGCUGAUGAACACCAUCUUCAGCAAGAAGAGCUUUGAGUCACUCCCAGAAGCCUUCAGCGUGGCCGCAGCUGCGGCUGCCCUCUCCCAGAAUCGCUUCCACGUGCCCGUGGUGGUAGUGCCCGAGAGCUCUGGUUCCGAAACGCACGAGCAGGCCAUCCUACGGUUGCAAGUCUCUAACGUCCUGUCGCAGCCUCUGACCCAGGCCACCGUUAGGUUGGAACAUGCUAAAUCUGUUGCCUCCCGGGCCACUGUCCUCCAGAAGACCACCUUCACCGCUGUUGGGGAUAUGUUUGAACUAAACUUCAUGAAUGCUAAAUUACCCAGUGGUUACUAUGACUUCUCUGUCAAAGUUGAAGGAGAUAGUCGUUACAUUGCCAAUGCCGUGGAGCUCAGAAUCAAGAUCUCCACUGAAGUUGGCAUCACUAAUGUUGAUCUUUCCACGGUGGAUAAGGAUCAGAGCAUUGCACCCAAAACCACACGGGUGACUUACCCAGCGAAAGCCAAGGGGACCUUCAUCGCCGAUAGCCACCAGAACUUUGCCUUGUUCUUCCAGCUGGUGGAUGUGAACACCGGGGCUGAGCUGACCCCCCACCAGACUUUCGUCCGACUCCAUAACCAGAAGACUGGCCAGGAAGUAGUGUUCGUGGCUGAGCCAGACAGCAAGAACGUGUACAAGUUUGAGCUGGACACCUCUGAAAGAAAGAUUGAAUUUGACUCUGCCUCUGGCACCUAUACCCUCUACUUAAUCAUCGGAGAUGCCACUUUGAAGAACCCAAUCCUCUGGAAUGUGGCUGAUGUGGUCAUCAAGUUCCCUGAGGAAGAAGCUCCAUGGACUGUCCUGUCCCACAACCUUUUCACCCCAAAACAGGAAAUCCAGCACCUGUUCCGUGAGCCUGAGAAGAGGCCGCCCACCGUGGUGUCCAACACAUUCACGGCCCUGAUCCUCUCCCCUUUACUCCUGCUCUUUGCCCUGUGGGUCCGGAUUGGUGCCAAUAUCUCCAAUUUCACCUUUGCUCCCAGCACAAUUAUCUUUCACUUGGGACAUGCAGCUAUGCUGGGACUCAUGUAUGUCUACUGGACUCAGCUCAACAUGUUCCAGACCCUAAAAUACCUGGCCAUCUUGGGCAGUGUGACGUUCCUGGCUGGCAACCGGAUGCUGGCCCAGCAUGCCAUCAAGAGGAUCGCUGCAGAGCAGAGCAGUAGAUUGGCAAAAUAUAGGACACUACGAACAGCACAUUAAUUCCAGAAAAAGGAUGGAAAUCAUGAAAAAUGAAUGUUGAGAAACGGAGUCAAGAACAAUUCACAAUAUGUAAAGGGGAAUGCAAAACCUCUUUUUUAUUUAAAAACAAACAAGUUGAGAUUGUGGUUCUACUUUUCCUUGUUGUUUUCAGUUUCUGCAGAUACCUGUGAGCCCAGAUAGUUUCUUUGGCAUGGUGUCCUAGCAGGCUGCUGUGAAUAUUCCUCACUUCCCAGCCUUUGAAAGCUGAAAUCUGUAGCUGUGUUGGAAUAAAGAGAAUGACUGUGGGAA